AUGGACGCCAAGAGCUGCGAGAUCAACCCGCGCAACGCCGUCAGCUUCGAGUCAUUGCGUCCCAUUGAGCUGAACCCCGACUUCAACGACGACAAGCGGGACGUCCCGCUCAACGUGUCGGCGUCGGCGCCGCCCACCACCUCCAACGUCCGUCUCGACGAGGAACUUGCCGAGGCGGGCUUGGGCCCCGAGGACGCCAGAGAUGCCAAGCUCAUGAGGCGCGCCCGUUGGGCCCUCCUCCUCCUGGCCUUCUUCAUGGGAGACGUCCAGGACGGGGUUGGGCCUUUCCUUGGCGUCUAUCUCCAGCACCAUGGAUGGGCCCCCGGGCUGCGUGGCUUCGUCAACACAGUGAGUGGCAUAGCCACCAUCCUUGCAACCGGACCGGUGGGCGCCCUCAUCGACGCGACAGACUACAAGCGCUCGCUCGCCGCAAUCUGUGCCCUCCUCGUCGGCGUCUCCCAGGGGGUCAAUCUUCUCUCCACCCACCCGGCUCUCAUCUUCUCCACGCAGAUCGUAUCCGCCGUCGCCGGCACGACGCUGAUGCCCCUGCUCGUCGCCCUAACACUGGGCAUCUGUUCUCCCGACCCGGUCGGCAGCCUCGACGGCAAGGGCAAGCACACCUUCCGCACCCUCAACGGGCGCAACCAGGCGGCCAAUCAUGCCGGCAACAUGGUCAGCGCGGGCCUGGCGGCCGCGCUGGGCUCGCGCUUCGGGCUGACGGCCGUCUUCUGGCUCGUCAUGGCCUUCUGCGCAGCGACGAUAGUCACCGUCCUCCUGCUGCCGGCGCGGGCCAUCGACCACGCGGCCGCGAGAGGAGGAGUCGUCACCGUCGACGAUGCGCCUGUAUCCUCCGUCCAAACACCGGACACGAAAGACAGCAGCAGGUCGGGGACGGAAGACGAAGACCAAGCGGAACGAGGCGGUGUCGUCUCCCAGCGCAAGACUCUAAUCGCCAAACUGAAGGACAAGAAGCAGAGGUUCUCCGUCAGCCCGGUCGGGCUCGUCUUGAAGAACAAGUCUCUCAUGAUAGUCGGCGCCACCGUUUUUCUCUUCCACCUCGGCAACGCGGCAAUCCUCUUCCUCUACGGCCAGGGGCUCGUGGCGAUGGGCAAGGGCGACCCGGCCGGCACGACCGGCCUGACCGUCAUCAUCGCGCAGGGCACCAUGAUCGCCGUGUCGCUCGUGACGCCCUGGCUCGCCGGCCGUUACGGGUACUGGUUCACCGUGUUGGUAUCGUACGUUGUCUUGCCCGUCCGCGCCGCCGUCGCGGGCCGCUACAUCGAAAACUGGGGCAUCUGGCCCGUCCAGAUCCUCGACGGCGUCGGCGCGGGGAUCCAGAGCGUGGCCAUCCCCGGCCUGGUCGCCGUCAUGAUGGCCGGGACCGGGAGGGUCAACGUGACUUUUGGCAUCGUCGGGGGCGUCACGCGCCAGACGGGCGCCGCCAUUUCGUCGUCGCUGGGCGGGUGGAUGGCCGAGGACAGGGGGUAUAGCUUCUCGCUGUACUUUUCCGGCGUCUUCCCCCUCGUCUCGGUGGCAUUGUGGCUCGGGUUCUACAAGUUGCUACGCCCGGUCAUCGACCGGAAACCUGGCGGGGAGUGA